AUGAGAUCAUCAAUCUUAUUAACUUGUUGUUAUGAAGAGCAUGAGAAUAGUCCUAUAGUAGGAGUAUGUACUAAUAAAAAUUGCAAACAUAAAAGAGCUUUUUGUGUUGCUUGCAAACCUUAAUUUCAUAAGGAACAUUCUGAUGAUUUGGUUAGAUUAAAUGAAUUCGAUGGUUGGGUUAAAAGCAGAAGAUAAUUGAUUGAACCUAUGAAUCAACUUGUAAAUGAAUGUUAAUCCUUUUAAAAAGCAUUAAAAUGUUUAGUUGGAAAUGUAGAUUAAAAUAAUUAACCAGAUUUUGAAUCUUUAAAUUGUUCAGAAAUAGAAGUGUAUAUUAAUUAACUCAUUCUUCUUGAAAAGGCUUAAGUUAAUUUGAUUCCAAAAAUUAAAUAAUUAAUUACUUUUUAAGAGAAAUUAAAGAAGGAGAUUGAGAGUCUAAUUUUAAAUAAGGAAUGUAUAUAAUAUUAUAUAAAAAGUAUGCCAAAAUUAAUAGUUGUCAAUUGAAGAAUUAGAAUAUUAAAAUUAAUUGAAUUCUACAUAUUUAAUUAAAGAUGAUGAUAUUAAAAUAGAGGAAUAAAAAGAGAUUGAUAAAUGCGUUAAAAUUCAUUUUAGAUUUUCAUAAGAAUUAAAAUAUGAAGAAAUUACACUUACAAACAAUUAAUCAAUUGCUUAAGGUGAUCUAUUUGCUCUUUGUGAACCAAUAUUACCAUUGAAUGUUUCAACUAAAUUUGCUUUCAAAUGCCAUGAAGAUGGAAUUUAUAUUGGUGUUUGUAGAAAAGAAUUAAUAAAAAUAGCAAAUUUCAAUCCCAAAUUAAAUAAAAUUGGUCAUGGGUAUAUAUUUAAUUUAAUAAUUUUAGAGCUUAUUUAAUUUUUUGUGAUGGUUCUGUUUACUCACAUUUAGAAAAGGAAAAGAAUUUAACUAAACAAUCAUUUAAAUAUGGAAAGAAUGAUAUAAUAUAAGUCAUUGUAAAUAUAAAUGAAUAGAAAAUAACUUGGAUUAAAUAAUCUACUAAUGAAGAAUAUGUAAAAUAUAAGAAAUAUAUUAGUCAAUGAAAUUGGAAGUUGCUGAUGAUCUUUGUCCUUGUGUGUAAUUGUGGGGAAAACCUGGUACUUAAGUUGAAAUAAUUGAUUUUUGA